GAAGAAGCUGCUGGUAUCACUGAAGAUGGCAAUGUCAUCGGCAUACUGUGCUUCACGUGUGUAGCUGUUGAGAACUUUGGACUUGGCCUUUAGUCUUUUUUAAGUCAAAGAUGUUGCCAUCAUAACGAAAGCGCACUUUGAUGCUACAUGAGUGCUUAAUGUUCUUAAAGGCAAGAUAGAGAAGAACAGCAGCAUAAAUGCCAAAUAAGACUUUGCAGAUAGAAAUAAUGGGAGACAAAGUGCUUGUGCUAGGGAGUGGAGGACGAGAGCAUGCUUUGGCCUGGAAGCUUGCCCAAUCAGAGAGAGUCUCUCAUAUUUUUGUAGCCCCAGGUAAUGCUGGCACCCAUACUAUUGCUAAGGUGACCAAUACAAAUGAUGUAUCACAUAGUAACUAUCCUCAACUCAUCACAUGGUGUAAAGACAAUAAUAUCAGCCUCGUUGUGGUUGGCCCAGAAGCACCACUGGCUGCUGGUAUUACUGAUGCACUGACAUCAUCUGGAAUAGAUUGUUUUGGGCCAACCAAGGCAGCUGCUGAAAUUGAAUCAUGUAAAGAGUUCGCUAAAGAUUUUAUGGAUAGGCAUGGGAUACCAACAGCCAAGUGGAAGGCAUUUGAUGAUACAGAAGCUGCAUGUGCUCACAUCUUGAGUGCCCCAUACCAGGCAUAUGUCGUGAAAGCUAGUGGUUUAGCAGCAGGCAAAGGAGUGAUUGUAGCAAGCAACAAAGCUGAAGCAUGCCAAGCUGUUACAGCCAUCCUACAGGAUAAACUUUUUGGAUCUGCAGGAGACAGGGUAGUGGUUGAGGAGCUGUUAGAGGGACAGGAAUUCUCGGUACUAGCAUUUUGUGAUGGGACCCAUUUUGCUGCAAUGCCACCAGCUCAGGAUCAUAAGAGGGUAGGGGAGGGGGAUACAGGACCUAACACAGGAGGAAUGGGGGCUUACUGCCCAUGCCCACAGGUUUCUCCAGAUGUACUUCAACAGAUCUGUGAUGGUAUCCUACAAAAAGCAGUGUCAGGACUAAAGUCUGAGGGAAGACCAUAUAUAGGUGUUCUUUAUGCUGGCCUGAUGCUUACUAAUAACGGACCUCGCGUCUUGGAGUUCAACUGUCGCUUUGGUGACCCAGAGGUACAGGUUCUUCUACCCUUGCUUACCAGUGAUCUGUAUGCUACGUGUAUGGCUUGCAUCACUGGAAACCUAUCCAGUGCUCCACCACGUUUCCAUGACAACAUGAGUGUAGUUGCAGUGGUGAAGGCCAGUGGAGGCUAUCCUGGUUCUUACAAGAAGGGAUUUGAGAUCACAGGUUUGGAUAAAGUUCAAGAAUUGGACCAGAUAGUCUUCCAUGCUGGUACUACUAUCUGUGACAGCAAGGUUGUGACAUCUGGUGGACGUGUCCUUACUAAUGUUGCCAUGGCAGACAGUCUACCAAUAGCUGCAGCGCAGGCACAGAAAGGAGCAGAGAUAGUUCAGUUUGAAGGAGGAUUCCAUCGCAGGGAUAUUGCAUUCAAGGGCUGUCGAUUCUUACAGAAAAACAGGACAUUUAGCCAGACUGGUUUAACCUAUGCUGCAUGUGGUGUAGAUAUUACAGCAGGUAAUAGCUUAGUUGAUGCUAUUAAACCAUUAGCUGUGUCUACAUCGCGUUCAGGCUGUCAUGCUUCGCUGGGUGGAUUUGGAGGUCUGUUUGAUAUCAGAGCUGCUGGCUUCAAGGAUCCUAUCUUAGUAUCUGGUACCGAUGGCGUUGGCACCAAGUUGAAGAUUGCCCAGUCGUGCAGCCUUCAUAAGACCAUCGGUAUUGACUUGGUUGCCAUGUGUGUCAAUGAUGUUCUUGCCCAUGGAGCAGAGGCACUCUUUUUCUUGGACUACUUUGCGUGUGGUCAGCUGGAUGUUGAUGUUGCUAGGGAUGUAGUCAGUGGAGUAGCCGAGGGAUGCAAGAGGGCUGCAUGUGCUUUACUUGGAGGAGAAACAGCUGAGAUGCCAGGCAUGUAUGCAGCUGGGGAGUAUGACUUGGCUGGAUUCUGUGUUGGUGCCGUAGAGAGACAUCAAACACUUCCUCGUACAACAGAUAUUACAGUUGGCGAUGCUAUCAUUGGAAUUGCAUCAUCAGGUAUCCAUAGCAAUGGCUAUAGCAUGGUCAGGAGUAUUGUGGAGAGAGUGGGCCAAGGUUAUGCAUCAGCCUGCCCAUUUCAAGACAAUAUUACACUUGGGGAAGCCCUUCUUACACCAACCAAAAUCUAUUCUAAGUCUCUACUUCCAACUAUCCAGUCUGGUAAAGUCAAAGCAUUUGCCCAUAUCACUGGAGGUGGUCUACUGGAAAACAUUCCUCGUAUUUUGCCUCCAAACCUUGUUGUCCAAUUGGAUGCGAGUAAAUGGACUAUACCACCAGUGUUUGGGUGGCUGUCUUCCUGUGGAGGGAUUGGUGAAGUGGAGAUGGCACGAACCUUCAAUUGUGGAGUUGGGGGAGUUAUGGUGGUAGCAGAAGGUCACAUAGAUGAAGUCACACAGAUGGUGACAGAUGCAGGGGAGACAGCAUGGGAUAUUGGCAGAGUUGUAGAUGCAGCCCCAGGAUGUGCAGCAGUUACUGUGUCUGGGUUAGCAUCAUCCCUUGCAUCUUGCUACCGUGUAACUGACAAGAGCCAGCAACAAACAAAUGGUACAAACAAGCUGAAAGUGGCAGUGUUGAUAUCAGGAACAGGUACCAACCUACAGGCUCUGAUAGAUCACACGAAAGACCCAGCAAUUAACAGCAAAGCUGAAAUCGUUCUGGUUGUAUCCAACAAAGAUGGUGUGCUAGGAUUGGCUAGAGCAAGGGAGGCUGGGAUAUCAACCAAGGUACUUAAUCACAAAGACUUUAAGUCAAGGGUUGACUUUGACAUGGCUGUACACGAAACCCUGGUAGCAUCAAGUGUAGAGUUUAUUUGCCUGGCAGGGUUCAUGCGAAUAUUGAGUGGAGAAUUUGUGCAGCGAUGGAACGGUCGUUUGAUCAACAUUCACCCAUCAUUACUUCCAUCAUUCAAAGGCAUGCAUGCACAUGAGAUGGUGCUAGAGUCUGGAGUACGACUCAGUGGUUGCACUGUUCAUUAUGUUGUGGAGCAGGUAGAUGCUGGAGCGAUUCUUGUUCAGGAGGCUGUUCCUGUUCUGCCAGGAGACACUGUUGACACCCUUCAAGAACGAGUCAAGACAGCCGAACAUAAAGCCUACCCAAAAGCCUUAGAGCUUGUAGCUGAUGGCUCUGCUAAACUAGGCAAUGAUGGCAACGUUGAGUGGAAAAUGAAAUAACAUAUGUUUUGACUUCUAUCUGCUUUUCACUUGCCUGGAAUUCAUUUGUCCCAAAUCAAACCCUUAGUUUGUUAUGACCUGAAAUAGUUGACAUUACGCUCUUUGUGUAUGAAUCAGACCGCUCAUGACUCUUAAUUAAAGUGAUUUGCAUUGCUUGUAUUCAUAACGUUUUUCAUUUUCUUCCUAACAGUAUAUAGUUGAUAAAAUGGCAUUUGCUUUUGAUAAUGCAGCUUAGGAUAUUCUUAUUUACAAUUGGGUCAUCUAAUGACCCAUCAUGGCAUCAUAAUGCACAAGUAUAUUUGAAAUUAUGGUACUCUUGUUUUGCUGAUUGCUAGGCUCAGCAGAAGGUGGGUUUCUAUGUAUUUUGCUGGUGACAAAGCCUUAGUUAAAUGCUUUCAAAACAUUGAAUUUAGAAGCCCAUUGUGGCGAGAGUUCAAAGAAAACCCGUACUCAAAUUUUUGGGGGAAGGGGGGAGGGGAGACUAUUUUGCCGUUGGUGGCGCCAAUUACACCCCCAUUAUACUACUCGAAAACGGUCACAUUCACAUCACCAAGGUCAAAUCCCGGGACUUAAAAAAAUUACAACC